UUUCUGUACAACCCCAUCUCUUUCGCAGGUGGUGCAUGUUCGGAAACAGCUUGCAAUGUUCAGGACUAACUGAGACUGUCGUAUGUAAUAAGCGUAAUUUAUUUCAAGUUUCGCGUUUUCUUUUUGAAACUGACCGAACAGCAUGUGCCAACACACGCACGGCUUGUUCGCGGGGCGUGUUUUUAUUCCACCAAGGCCACUUUCUUCUGGUUAAUAUAGGCUACAGUGCUGCAUUGAGUGAGUCUGCAUUGAGAAAAAAAUGUUCAUGCAGCGCAGAGCUUGAAUGAAAUCCGUCGUUAAACGGAUACAAGUUCACGUACAUUGAUUUAGAUAUUCGCAGGAUCUCUCUGUUUUCCUCGCCAUCGGGGUUUGAAGUGGUCAUGCCUUUUGUUUUAAUUUGGGAGACAAGACUGCGGAGCCAUUUGCACGAUGAUGAUGAUUCACGACUGGACGGAGUUUAAAAAAUGAGGAAGCAUUUUUUUCUAAAGAUACUAAAAAGAUAGAGGAGAGGCCUCGUCGUCCCGCAGGCCGUGAUCUGUGCAUGAGAAAAGGGAGAAGAAAGGAAGAAAAAACGAGCCUGAUGAAUACAAAUCGAGUGAAAUGGAGCACGAGACACGCGCGUGGGGAAAUAUGGACCAUAUCAAUAAUGACGGCGGUGUGCGCGACAACCAGAUCGAUCCAAACAAAAUGAAGCACUUCGCCUCUUGAGCAUUUAAACUGAUAUUUUGUAUUUCCAAUUUAAAGGAGAGGGGAUUCCCGUGCUUUCUGAGAGUUGCAAACAGCGCUCAAGUUCCAUGCAAGUUCUCCUCUCCGCCUUCUUUUGAUUCCUUUGAUUGUUUUACUACUUUUUUUUUUUUUCCGGCGGGUUUGAAUUAUUUUUGAUCCGUUGAUAUUAUUCAAUGGCAUUAUGUUAUCAGUUACCGGUUUUGCCUCUAGACAGGCCGGUUCCCAAACAUGUUCUCAGCCGGAGGGGAGCCAUUAGUUUCAGCUCCAGUUCCUCUUUAUUCGGAGCCCCCGACCCGAGGCAGCUGUCACAGAGACGCGGAGCAAUCUCCUAUGACAGCUCUGAUCAAACCGCUCUGUAUAUUCGCAUGCUAGCUGUGACAAACAAAACAAUCAAACCCUCAUUCGUGUUUACACCAGGAGCUUGUGUAAUAUUCAAACAGCUGUUUUCAAGAGAUGUGAGAGUGAGAAGUCAGGUAGGCUUUGAACCUGAACGAAGAGGCUCGCACCCGUACCUGGGCGUCGAUUUCCGCACUUUGCACUCCCGUGCUGAAUCAGCAGGGACGAUUCCAGCUCGGAGAAUCCGGAGGCUCUUUAGUUUCCAGCGACACCUGCUUUCUUCCCGUCUGCUGCGAGGAGCGCCUCAACUCAACCCCCUCCACAUCCUGGACGAGGACUACUGCGGUCAGGCCAAGUGUAUGCUUGAAAAGGUUGGAAGCUGGAAUUUUGAUAUAUUCCUCUUUGACAGACUUACAAAUGGAAACAGUCUUGUGUUCUUGACAUUUAAUUUGCUGAACCAGUAUGGCCUCAUUGAGCUCUUCCAGUUAGACAUGGUUAAAUUGCGUCGAUUUCUAGUUCUGGUUCAAGAAGACUACCACAAUCAGAACCCUUACCAUAAUGCAGUCCAUGCUGCUGAUGUCACCCAGGCCAUGCACUGUUACCUGAAAGAACCCAAGCUCGCCGAGUCCCUCACAUCAUUCGACAUCCUCUUAGGGUUGCUGGCCGCUGCCACACACGAUCUGGACCACCCUGGAGUCAACCAGCCUUUCCUCAUCAAAACCAACCAUUACCUUGCAGCUUUGUACCGGAAUACCUCAGUUCUGGAGAACCAUCACUGGAGGUCUGCAGUGGGUCUGCUCAGAGAGACCGAACUCUUUUCCAAUCUUCCUGCGGAAGACAGUCUGAGUAUAGAGAGGCAGCUGGGAUCACUCAUUCUGGCCACAGAUAUCAGCCGACAGAAUGAGUACCUGUCCCGGUUCAGGACACAUCUGGAUGAGAACGACUUGAGUUUAGGAAACGCUUCUCAUCGACAUUUCGUUCUGCAGAUGGCCCUGAAGUGUGCGGAUAUCUGUAACCCAUGUAGACCAUGGGAGCUCAGCAAACAGUGGAGUGAGAAGGUCACGGAGGAAUUUUUCCACCAAGGUGACAUUGAAAAGAAGCAUAAACUUGAAAUCAGUCCACUGUGUGAUAGUGAAGCCAACACCAUAGCCAGUGUUCAAAUCGGUUUCAUGACUUACGUGGUGGAGCCUCUGUUUGCUGAGUGGGCGCGCUUUUCGGACACGCGGCUCUCUCAGACCAUGCUCGGCCAUUUGGGCCUGAACAAGGCCAGUUGGAGUGCCAUGGAGCCAGAGGCAUCAGGGAGCUCCGAGGAGGGGGAGUCCGAAACGGGCCGUGCCACAGAAGAACCCAGUUCCAGAGUCUUAUCUCAGGGAAGCCAAGAGUCAUGACACCCCAGCGCUCGCAGAGCACCUCUACUGCCCUCAGCCAAACAUCUUACGUCACGCCACCCAUCUCCAACCAACCACUGAUGAUUUGUUUUCUUCUUUUUCGUUCAUUCGGUCGAUUUAAUUUAUUUAAUUUUAAAUGCUCAUUUACCCUUCAACAUAGAGCAAUACAUAGAUACCUCAUUUGGCUACUGCUGCAAUUUUGUUUUCUUUUAAUAAUUGUGAUGUAUUUAUUUAACCUUAUUAGUUUUUUUUCUUUUGGGCGUUACUAAUUCAACUCUGAUGCUUUGAUUAAAGACUGCAAGAGAAUGUGGGGUAGGAAGGAACCCCCUCCUAUGGCUUUAAAGUGCCAUUUUGAAACAAUGAAUUUCUCUGAAAGUCAUUUGAAACACCUUGAGUAUUUAAAGGAGAGGCUUUUACAACCGCACCAAGAGACGAUGUGUGUGAAAUCGAAUGCACGCGAGCGUGUGUGUGAGUGUGUGCGCCAGUGCUUCUGCAAAUCAAUCUUCCUCCUUGUGUACAAAAAUACAAAUGUGAAGAGCCCAGUCCUUUUGCUGCCUCUGAAGACUGUUUACACAUGUUGUUUUCUAACGGAAUCAUGUUAGUUCUGUGAUUAUUGCCUUUUAAGCACAGAUGUGAAGAACCACUUGUAAGUUGUUUUUCGAAGCCUACUGCUGAUGAUCAACGCAAUCUGUCGGACUGCAACCACGUCUGUAUGACGCAUCAGAUGCCAUACGAAUGCCAUUUGUGCUCCAUUGCAUCUCUCUCCCCUGUAUUUCAGACAAUGUGUUGAAAGAACGUUGCUCCAUGAAAGGUGGCAGAGAUGAACCCUUUCGACCAUGGAAGAAGGAUCUUGUCACGGACAUGUAGCUGAAUGGACUCUCCAUGGAUUUUGCUCAGGUUUUCACCGACCUGCUUAUUUGGGAGAAACAAAGAAGUAAACGGUGCCUUUUGUAGGUAGCCACCUCUCCUACCACCUUUCUCUCUCUCCUCUGUAUUUUGUAAAGAAAAAUAAGUCCUUCUCAGAAUGUCUCGAAGCCACUCUCGUCUCUUCGGAAAACUGCUACAAAAUGCCUUAAAUCUAUGCACAAAGCUAAGUGACCAAACCAGCUGUUGUUUUCAUUUUAAACUCAUCCCAUUGUACAUUUAGUGCACUGUCUGACCCUUUGCCUUUUUGUCUCGGAAUUUUUUUCUUUUAAUAUAUGGAGAAUUGGUUUAAUGAUUAGAUUUUUAACAUUGAACAUUCCAUUUUUGUGAAUUGUUUUGGAUUUUGUACAGAAUGGACAUUGUUUUUUGUGCUUCUCUUGAUAUUUUGAAAGAGAAGAGGUGCUUUAUUUUAGGUGAUUUGUAUUUUUGUUGUAAGUGCUGUAAGACUGUUGAUUUAAGAAAAAAACUGUUUAAAGUUUGUUGUAACAGCCAUUUUGGGGAGACGACCUAUGUGUCAAGCCAUUUUGUAAAGGCUUUGCCGUAUAACCUUUUGAUACAUACUUGUUGCAGUUGCAUUUUUGAUGAAUAAAACCUCACAAAAUGUUUCUCUACCGGAUAGCAUGCAGUCACGCUGUUCUAUAUGAACUUAAUCACGUGAUGAGUGUCAAAAUGUAGCCAAAUAGAAGCCUCAAUACAGAAAUGAAGACACAGAUUGACAGUCUUAGGUUUAUUCAAGAAAUGAAAGUCCAUUAAAAAUGGUUCUGUAGUGUGAAAUAAAAUCAACCCAUUUAGAAAAAUGAUCAUAAUCUAUAAUAAAACAGAAAAAUGUCUCCACUAAGAGAUUCCCUUCAAUUCUGAGGUACUCUUCCUAUGUGCUGGCCAUUACAUCCAGUAUAAAUCUUUGAAAUGAGAAAUCCUGUACUGUAAUAUAAUUCAAAUGCACUGACUUCUGGUGCGCAGCAGACAUUUUUUAGUUAUAUGUGCAAAAAUACAGACAUUUUAAAAGGUACAAACACUGUCAAACAAUUCUGCUGAUCGACUGAAGUCUAAUUAAACGGCACUGGACUAAAGAUAGCAAGCUUGAUAUGUCAUGGACAAACAAAACUACAUUAUUCAAGUAUUUAUUAAACUGGUUAAAUAACUACAUUACUUCCAGAACCAUAUCAUGUAAAUGUUUCAAAAUAAAUUAGAAGCUUAAAAGUAUUUUAAAUGAGCUCCCAUUAAAUAAUUCUUCAACUACUGACAGCACCAUCUAAACCUUAUUUAUGAUCACAAAAGUGUGGUUCAUAAUUGCUAUAGUGGUUACAUGACAGAAAAACCUGAAGUAACUAAAACAAAAAGAAAAGUAUGAACUGUACCUUUGAAGUAGACAACUUCUGUGCAAACAGGUGUUAAAAAUACACAUAAAACUACUGAUAAAGACCAAUCCAUACACUUUGGUGUUUUCAUUUAACGUUAUGCCUUCAAAUGAGAGGAAUUCAACAAGGUUGAAUACUUGCACUGUUGACUACCAACAGAUCCAAAUAAAUCCACAUAUAAAAUCAUACAUAAAACCCAACAAAAGGAAGGCAUUUCUCACAUAACCGGCAUUAAUGAUGGGACUGGCUGUUGUACAAGAUGCAUUGAUAGAGUUGAACUUUUCAAAGUGCAAAAUUACAUAGAUAUCCAAUAGCGAAACCAGACUGACUGCAUAGUGUUUGGCAUUUGCAUGCUCACCUAAAU